CGCCCCCCCCCGGCGGGAAUCGAAGAUCCGGGGCCCCGUGCGGAUAUCGGAGGCCCGGGGUCCCCGCGCGUGACCUGACCCGCAGUGUAGACCUGCGGGGCAUGCGAGUCUGGGCGAGAAGAGCCUGUCUCCACUUCUCGCGAGGGUGGGCCUUAUUCCCCCACCGCGGCCUUCCAUCGGCGGCUUAGAAAACGCGGAGCAACGGAUUUCCGCGCAGCAGGAGCUGAGCGGCGCGCGCCCGCGCUGCGCAUGCUCAGUGCCGCCGCUCUGUCAGGCUCGCGGCUCAGCAGCGGCGAGCUCCCCGCCGCCCCUCAUGGCGGCCCCCGAGACCCUUGGGGGCCCCGUCCUGAAAGAUGUUGUGGCGUAUGUAGAAGUGUGGUCAGCCAGUGGAACAGAAAAUUAUUCAAAGACAUUUACAAAUCAACUUGCGGACAUGGGGGCAAAGGUUUCAAAAACUUUCAACAAACAAGUAACUCACGUCGUGUUCAAAGACGGGUACCAGAGCACCUGGGCCAAAGCGCAGAAGAGAGGCGUGAAGCUCGUCUCAGUGCUCUGGGUUGAAAAAUGCAGGACAGCUGGAGUGCACAUCGAUGAAUCGCUGUUCCCUGCAGCUAAUCCCAAUGAGCACCUACCAAGCCUAAUGAAAAAAAAACGCAAGUGUAUGCAGCCCAAAGAUUUUAUUCCUAAAACACCAGAAAAUGAUAAAAGACUGCAAAAGAAGUUUGAGAAAAUGGCUAAAGAGCUGCAGCAGCAGAAAACCACUGCGGGUAAGCUGAGAAAUGCAGAUAAUGAUGUUCCUGUUCUCUUGUUUGAAUCUAAUGGCUCCUUGGUGUACAGUCCCACAGUUAAAAUCUGCAGUGGCCACCACAGUGCAAUGGAGAAGAGACUGCAGGAGAUGAAGGAGAAACGGGAGAAUCUUUCCCCCACCUCUUCCCAGAUCGUUGAAAAGUCUGACGAUAACACCGUUAACUCUCUGUGUGAAGCAUCUUUGAACCUUUCACAUGAUUCUUUGUGUUCAGAGGACUCCUUUGCUGGUGUUCUACACUUGUCUUUUGAUGAUCUUUGUGGGAGCUCUGGAUGUGGGACUCAGCAGAGGAAAUUGGGAGGAUUCCUUGAUGCAAGUAAAAGCGCUGCGUGUGCUUCCUCAGCUGUGUUGAAAACGAGAAGUGUCCGUCCGCCAGCAUCUCCCGGCUCCCUUGGUCAGUUAACCCUUCACCAGUCCCCCGGCAGUCUUUCCAAGGGAGACACCCACCGGCAGGGGGUUGCUGCGGGCCAAGUCAUCACCCCCGACGUGAAGCCAGCACGGGAGCCGGCUGAGGGGGUGUUUGAUGAGAAGAGGGGCCUGUCUCCUACGCCAUCUGUAACAAAGGAGCCCGCCGGGGGCCCUUCAUGUCCCCAGAGCCCCUCAGCCACGAGAAGAAGGGUGUCGGCGAACUCCAGUCCACCCCCGGAGGAGAGACUGAGCAAGAGGCGGUCCCUCAGGUGGCCCCCCGCGCCCCGGCUACAGCUGGAGAACAGCCCGAAGUGCGCCAGCAGCUCCGCCGUGGAGACUCUGGGCCGCGGGGAGUCCUCAUACGAUGAUUACUUUUCUCCCGAUAACCUCAAGGAGAGGGACUCGGAGAGCCUCCUUCCCGGGAUGCAGCCGCCCGCCGGCCCUGCCCUGCUCCACUGCAUGAGGAGCCUUUCCAGGAGAGAGAGGACCAGCCUCCUGGAAAGGGCUGACUUCUCCUGCAUCGGCAGAAGCCCCAGGUCAGCCGGUGGUACCGACUCAACGGUGAAGGCUGGCUUCCGUCUCCAGAAGCCUGCAAACUACGGAGCUGAUCCGGGCUUGAGCAGCGUGACUUCUAAGGAAACGCCUGCUGCUGAAGGAACCCCAGGGGACUGUCCCUGGGCCGAGGCUCGGGGAGGGGAAGACACCCGCCCGGGCGGGAGUGACUCUCCCCAUACCCUCAACGGACUCAGUCCUCAGAAGGGACUUCGAGGUGAUUUUACUUCUUUAAAAGGAAGCAAUAAAGAAGUGAAAGGAUGGAUUGACAUAAAAAGCACACAGAAAGAAGAUACUCCUUCUAAAAUGGUGAAUUCCCCUGAAGGUGAAGCACAAAGUGACGAUAAGCUAAACUUUGUAGGCGACUGGGAUGUGGAAGAGUCUGCAGAGGCAAUGGAAGAGUUACCCUGAGGAUGCAGUGAAAGUAUGUGAACCUCCUUUACCGGUCUCUCCACUAUAAGAAUAUGUAGUAGUGCGUCCAUCUUCCACGUUUAUCACAACUUUUUCAUAAUCAAAAUUUCCUUUUUUCCCUUUUAUUAAACUUUAAAGAAUGUAUGUUUGAUAUUUACAGUGAUAAAUUCUUUAACUUCUUGAGGAAUAGACAGCUUACUGCCCCAUGGAAUUUCUAGGUUCCUUGGUCAAACCUGUUAUUAGGAAUACAUUUCUCUAAGUCUUAUAGGUGAAAAGAAAAGGUGAUGUCUGGAUGUGUUGUGUGAGCAGUGGACUAGAGUGAGCGCUUUUCCUUGUUUCAGUGCAGCCUGUCACUGCAGCAUCACUGUGCAAAGAGACACGUGAGUGGAGGUCUUUUAAAACUCUCAGUUUGUAAUGGUGAGGCCGUUUAUUUUAGAAGGGAAAUUGAGGCGUGUAAGCCAUUCAUUCUGUUAAGAUAAAUAAAUCUGGAAACAAGUUAAUAUUUAUUUUUGAAGAAACUGGGCAAUUUAGCUAUGAAGAAAUUUUUUAAGUAUUUUGUUUAAGUAAAUAGUUCAUUGUAACAGGCCUUAUUAGAUUUCUAUUUAUUUGCUUUAAGCACGUCAUUUAAAUAGAUAUAUUCCUGUCUGUAAUUUAGUUGUAACCAUAGUAAUGAACUAUGUCAUAGCAAAAGUAGCAACAAUUUUGCGCUUUCUGCUGAUAAGCACAGACAGGCUUCAGCAAUCAAAAGUGAAGAAAUCUUGAACUUAAACCACCUUCACCUAAAGAUUGGGUUAAAAUUUCGAUAAGGCCAAGUUUAUUCUUCAUUAUUUCUCUACUCCUUGAAUCAUUUUAACCACCCUUUCCAAGUUGGAGAAGUUAUAUGGAUUGAAAUAUAAUCACGGAUGUAUUGCAUAUCUUUUCCUUGGGUAUGAACUCCCCAAAAUCAUCUCAGUAAAAGAAUUUAAUUUGUAUAUCAUUAACCUUCUUUUUAUGUCUGAGCUUUCUGAUAUAUAUAAAACUUUACUAUAUAUUUAUAAAAUAUAUAAAAUUUGACAUAAAACUAUAUUUUACGUUCCAUUAGGGUUAGUAUGUGUUUUCAAAAUAUUUAUUUUAAAAUCAUGUCAAGCCUAACAUUAAUAUAAAACAGUGAGUGUACGGAAUUAUUUUGGUAGCUAAGAAUAUCCCGUUCUUGAAGCUUACAUUCUCGUUCUCAGUUUUCAUCUUGUGUAUUCUUUCAGCUUUUGAAUAAUGCUUAAUGACAUGCAAAUAUAAGUCAAGUAAAAAAAAAAAAAUCUGCUUCCAGGUGGUGUGAGCACUCUGCAGCCCCAGAGCUGUGCACAGUGUGAUGGUCCUGCUCUGGGGCUCACCGCCACGUCCAGGGCCCCGAGGGGUCUGGGGCACGUGUGGUGAGGGAUCACGGGCUGUAGGCAGGGCCCUGGCGUAACUGAAUCUCAGAGACGGAAUCAGAUAUUCUGUGUUCCCUAACGUAAGGACAUGUAGAUUGGUCUUGUUUUACGUCAUCCCAAGAGAGAGAAAAUCAUUGAAUUUAGGACAGGAAAAGACUUACCUAUUGUUUAGCCUAAACCUAGGUCUUUGUUUUAUGGUGGUAAAAUAAAGACCCACCGAUGUCUUAGGUGGUCCACAGUCAGUCCACCUGGCAUCCCACCUCUCUCUGGGAGCCCCACCCCCACCCCAGGUAAAAGCACAUGGCCUGCGGGCUACCUUAGACCUUCGUAGAUGCUGAAAUUGCGAAGCGGUGAAACCCACUCUGUACUCCAAGUUGUACCUCUGCAAAUCUUUUAUGUUGCAAUAAAAGUCUUUUUUCAAUUUC